AUGACUGAGCUGCUUCAAGAAAUCGUGCCAUAUACUGGCCUCACCGUGCCUCUCAUCGUGAUGAGCAUGUUCUGGGGCUUCGCCGGCUUCCUGAUGCCCUGGUUCAUCCCAAAGGGUCUCAGCCGGGGAGUUAGCAUCACCAUGUUGGUGACCUGUUCCGUUUGCUGCUAUCUCUUUUGGCUGAUUGCAAUUCUGGCCCAACUCAACCAUCUCUUUGGACCACAGUUGAAAAAUGAAACCAUCUGGUACCUCAAGCAUCAUUGGCCUUGAGGAAGAAGCCCUGCUCGCCAG